UAGCCUCCGUCUAAAAAAAUUCCAAUAGCCAUAGGGCUCUCUAAACCACUGGCCGGCAAGGUCGGAGGACCUCCGACGCUGCAUCCCAUUUCUGGGGCUGUGCCCAUGUCCCUCCCCAACCCCCACCCGCCUCGACCACCACCACCACCACCAUCGCCUCCAGAAGAACAAAUAGAAUAUCGACCACCCAUACGAAAACAACAACAAAAUCACCGACUACUAGGACCGUCUCCACUUUACAAACAACAUUCAUGGUCACCUGAUAUUCACAGGGAUGAGGCAUGGCUAAGGAGGAAAGGAAGCUAUAAGAAAAAGAAAAGCAAAAGCGUUACUGAUGAAGAUCUUGAUGAGCUUAAAGGUUGUAUUGAGUUAGGUUUUGGGUUUGACUCUCCAGAAAUGGAUCGACGUUUGUCUGAUACUUUUCCUGCUUUGGAACUUUAUUAUGCUGUUAACAAAAACUACUAUGAUCAUUCCGCCUCCAAGCCUGUAGUCACUGCUACGCCGUCUUCGUCCACGGCGUCUGAUUGUGACUCACCGUCUCCCCUAGGUAGCCCUCACACCAUUUUUGGUCCAGGUGAAAAUCCACAGACGGUGAAGACGAGAUUAAGGCAGUGGGCACAGGUGGUUGCCUGUUCCGUGCGGCAAAGUUCAAGUUCAAGCUGAUAUGUAUUAAUGGGAAUUAAAUGGAAAUUAAUCAAACUAGAGUUGACCAAACAUCGUUUUCAAUGCUCCAACUUGUUUAAUAUGAUAUUGAUUCCCAUCGACCUACUCUCUUUGUUUGGUUAGAGAUAUUUUAAAGAGAAAAUCACGAUCUGAAAAGACCUCACUCCCCCACUGUAAGAAUAUAUGAAAAUCAACUUGGUGCUGCUGCUGCUGCUGGAUUGACUUUGUCUUCAGUUUUGUUAUCUAAUGCUUUGAUUUGGGCGUUGAUGGAUGCCUGUUUGUUUUAAUUUGUUGUUUAGGUCGGGCCGUUUAGGUUCAUGUAUGAAAAUCCUAAUGAAAAAGUCUACAGAAGUUUUGUGUCUCAA